AUGACUCACAGUAGGGAAGAGCUGCGGAAAGAGUUCAUCGCCUUAAUGGGCGAGGACACCUUACACGAAGGAUGGGAGUCAAUCCUCAGACUGGACCCCACAUUUUUCAAAACCAGUCUGUCUCUCAGCUCUGUCCCUCGAAGGAAGAUACAUCUCACAGCGAAGGAGCAGGCUCUCAUCGGCCUCGCCGUCUCCGCCAACGCCAUCCAUCUCUACGAGCCGGGCAUCCGCACCCACGUCAAGGCGGCCAUCAAAGAGGGAGCCACGGUUUAUGAAGUUCUGGAGGUGAUUGAGUUAUCCUCCACGGUUGGAAUACAUGCCUGCAACAUUGGUAUACCUGUCCUAGUAGAGGUCCUCAAGGAGGAGGGCAAGUUCGGGGACUUGAUCACAAGAGACUUUGAUGAUAAGCAGAAUGAGCUCAAGGAGCAAUUCGCAAAGCGCAGAGGCUAUUGGCAUACCUUCUGGGAUGACUUCCUGAGACUCGACCCGGAGUUCUUCGAGGCAUACUUGGAGUUCUCUGGCGCUCCGUGGAUCAAGGAUGUUGGCAAGGGUGAUGACCCGCCACGAGGAGCUUUGAGCCCCAAGAUGAAGGAGCUUGUGUAUUGUGCUUUCGAUACCGCCGCUACACAUCUUUAUGUGCCAGGGUUGAAGCUGCACAUAAAGAAUGCUUUGGGAUACGGUGCCACGCCGCAUGAGAUCAUGGGGGUGAUGGAGAUCGCUACGUUGUUGGGUUUGCAUACAGUCCAUCUAUCUGCACCCAUUAUUUCAGAGCUAUAUGCUGUAUAA